AUGUCCCGGCAAUCCACCAUCACCUUCCACUCCGGCAGCCGCAGGGGCUUCAGCACCGCCUCAGCCACCACACCUACCACUGGACGUUCCCGCUUCAGCUCCGUGUCUGUGGCCCGCUCCUCAGGAAACAGUGGGGGACUGGGCAGGAUCAGUGGUAUUGGUUCUGGCUUUGGGAGCCGCAGCCUGUACAACCUGGGGGGAGCCAGGCGGGUCUCCAUUGGUGGAUGUGCUGGCAGUGGCUUCAGGGGUGGCUUUGGUGGCAGGGCUAGCAAUGGCUUUGGGGGCAGCAGUGGCUUUGGUUAUGGAGGUGGCCUUGGAGGGGGCUUUGGUGGCCCUGGCUACUCUGUCUGUCCCUCUGGAGGCAUUCAAGAAGUUACUGUCAACCAGAGCCUCCUGACUCCCCUCAACCUGCAAAUCGACCCCACAAUCCAGCGGGUGCGCAAAGAAGAACGGGAACAGAUCAAGACUCUGAACAACAAGUUUGCCUCCUUCAUUGAUAAGGUACGCUUCCUGGAACAGCAAAACAAGGUCCUGGAGACCAAGUGGAAUCUCCUGCAGGAGCAGGGCUCCAGGACAGUCAGACAGAACCUGGAGCCUUUCUUCGAUGCGUACAUCAAUGACCUCCGCCGGCAGCUGGACGGCGUCGUGGCUGAAAGGGGCAGACUGGAUGCUGAACUGAGAAACAUGCAGGAGGUUGUAGAAGACUUCAAAGUCAGGUAUGAAGACGAAAUUAACAAGCGUGCAGCUGCCGAGAAUGAGUUUGUGGGCCUGAAAAAGGACGUAGACAGUGCCUACAUGAGCAAGGUGGAGCUGGAAGCGAAGGUGGACUCUCUGACUGACCAGAUCAACUUCUACCGGAUGAUCUACGAGGCGGAGCUGUCUCAGAUGCAGAACCAGGUGAGUGACACCUCUGUGGUCCUCUCCAUGGACAACAACCGCAACCUAGACCUGGACAGCAUCAUCGCUGAAGUCAAGGCCCAGUAUGAGGACAUUGCCAACCGCAGCCGAGCAGAGGCUGAGUCCUGGUACCAGACCAAGUACGAGGAGCUGCAGGUGACAGCAGGUCGGCAUGGCGAUGAUCUCCGCAACACCAAACAAGAGAUUUCAGAGAUGAACCGGAUGAUCCAGAGGCUGAGAUCUGAGAUCGAUGCUGUUAAGAAGCAGUGCUCCAGCUUGCAAACUGCUAUCUCUGACGCUGAGCAGCGUGGAGAGCUAGCCCUCAAGGAUGCUCGGGCCAAGCUGGUGGAGCUUGAAGAUGCCCUGCAGAAGGCCAAGCAGGACAUGGCCCGGCUGCUGCGUGAGUACCAGGAGCUCAUGAACGUCAAACUGGCCUUGGACGUGGAGAUCGCCACCUACCGCAAGCUGCUGGAGGGCGAGGAGUGCAGGCUAAGUGGAGAGGGAGUUUCCCCGGUGAACAUCUGUGAGUAUGAUCCCUGUGGUCUAGGGCUCAUGUGGUCAGCUGUGGUCACGUCUACAGUUUCCAGUGGCUAUGGUGGUGGCGCCAACGUUGGAGGUGGAAGCCUGGGUCUUGGUGGGAACAGUGGCUACUCCUUCACGACCAGUGGUGGGCACAGCCUGGGCACAGGUCUGGGAGGCUCUGGCUUUACCACCAGUAGCAGCCGGGGCCCAGUGGGCAGUGGCUCCAGCAUCAAGUUUGUCUCCAGCACCUCAUCCAGCAGGAAGAGUUACAAGCACUGA